GUUGAGUUGCGUGUGGCACAGGUAAGGAAUGGUGAGUCGUAUUCAUGGGUUGUACUAGUUGCGUCUUGAAGGUUUAGUUUCGAAGAUGCAGACUUAGUUACUUCGGGUUACUGCUUCCACCCAUGGUGAACUUCACAAGGUUUGUAGAGGCUGGGCGUGUUGUAUUCAUUGCCUCUGGACCUUAUGCUAAAAAGGUGGCAAUCAUCGUAGAAAUUAUUGACCAAAGACGUGUUCUUAUCGAUGGGCCAUGCUCCGGCGUUCCUAGACAAGAAAUAAGUAUAAACAGACUGCAUUUAACAAAAUUAAAGUACAAACUUCCACAUGGAUGUGGUACAAAUUCAGUCGAGAGACAUUGGAAAAGGUACGACAUAACUAAGGAUUGGGAGAACACUGUGUGGGCACGAAAGCUUCAUCGCAAAUCCCUGCGAGCGUCUAUGACCGAUUUUGACAGGUUUAAAGUCAUGGUAGCUCGUAAACAGCGCAACAACAUUUUGAAACAAUUCAAGUUGAAAAAGCCGGUCGAGAAAACUUCAAAGCCUGUAAAGAAGGCUGUAAAAAAGUAAACUAAUAAAUACGUUAUGUCG